AUGGCGGUUCUCUCUUACGAGCGCGGGAUCACCAUCGAUCCUGGUUUCAUUCCCGACAACUGGCAGAAGUCGGAGAACGGUCGGCCCAUCUUCGAAGUGGAAGGUGGCAUAGUCUUCAUGCACGAGCGCAAGAAGAAAACGGGCGAACUGCGGUUUUGCAACAAGGAGAUGAAGUUCAAGCCCGACCGAGCGCACUAUUGCAGCGCGAUGCGCCGAAAUGUUCUGCGGAUGGACCAUUAUUGCCCGUGGUUGGCGAACUGUGUCGGGUACCAUAACCACAAGUUCUUCUUCCUCUUCCUGUUCUAUACGCUGAUAGCCACAGGCACUCUCGACGUGGGUGUAAUCCGUGCGCUGCAUUGCUGCAUGCACAGCGCUGGCCACACCUUCAUGAUGGGUCAAGGUGCUGUGAUCUCCACGCUCCUCACUGUCCUUCUUGGGCCUUUCUUUGGCUUCCACUGCUGGCUCAUGAAGCACAACAUGACGACCAUUGAGUAUUGUGAGAAGCGACGAGACAACGACGAGUCCCGCAUGUCGCACUACGACAUCGGGGUGCACAGGAACAUCCAAUGUGUGCUGGGAGACAAUUGGAUGCUCUGGCUGCUGCCCAUCUCGGGCCCUUCCGGUGAUGGCUU